GCUUCUGCUUGCGAUCCAUCAUCCCUCUCUCAUUGCUUUUUUUCCCCUUCUUUCUCGAUCAACCCUUAUACUUGCCUCAAAAAAGCACCCUCGUCUGCAUCUGCAGCUUCACCAUGCCCGGGGACGACGAUUCAAUCCAGAACCGACCUGCAGCUCCCUCCGCCUCCGAUUCCCGCCAAUGGCCCGAUGACGAGAAUCCCUUUGUCGCUUUCCGGCGCUUCGCCGAUGAACAGCUCUCGUCCAUGCUCCAGUCCGUAAUGGGCAUUCCCUCCAUGUCCUCUCGGCCCUCCUCCGACCACUGGGCCAUCUUCGAUGAUGAAGCGCGUUUCCGGAAAAGAGACAAGGUUGAAACCAACGGAGACGACCAUGCGCCAGCAGACCACUCCGACCAUCCUUUUCACCACAACAACCGACACUCUUCUCGUUCAUGGACAGAGUGGGAGGGCCAAUGGUACCCGGAUCAACCCCGGAGACGCAGAGUCGACCAGGAUUUCUUCGACUCCUUUGACCGCUCCUGGUUCGACAGCCCUUUCUCUGGCUUCUUCCAACCCCACUACCGCCCCAUGUUUCCAAGUUUCGCCAGCAAUGCCUCCACUUGGCCCUUCACAUACCUCUUGUUUAGCCCAUACUCUCCGCUGCAUCUGGAACGUCAGGAAUACAACCAGUCUCAUCACGACCGAGGUGUCUUUUCGUCUCUCAUGUCCUCCUUGAGCCUCUCCGAAAGCGACUCCGCAGAAACCCAUUGGCGGGAGGCUUUUGAAGAUCUCAUCCGGCUGGAAAACGGAAAACCCAUGCUCGACAAUGACUCUGCCGCGGUGGUCAAGACAGAAACUGCGCGAGACUGGCUGUACGGCUUGGCGCAACGGGGUAGUCUGGGUGGUCAGUGGAAGAUCUCUGAGCUCGGAGGGAAUGGCUGGUCGAGUCCCUGGAAUGCUAUCAGCUUUUCCUAUUCCAACGACGAUGGUCACGAAGCAUCAAAAGGCGGAAUCGUUGACGAGGAGACCGAAGCCAUGACGGAAUUGGACAUGUUCGACCGCUUUUUCGAGGACGCCGCUGCCCGCGAAAGCAAGGCUUUCGCCGAUGCGUUUGAGAGUCCCAUCCUGCGCUUCCUACUAGAAGAGAAACAAAGAUCCCGAGACACACCAAGUGACGGGACCGAGACUUGGCUUGAGCCUGUACCUGCACGGAACCACCCCAUCCCCGAUGCUGUUCCUGAAAAACAACAGCCAGCCUCAGAAACUCAAGCGGUUGUCCCUUCACGCGCUGAACCAGCUGCCGAAAAACCCACUGUCGUCUCAACCAUGACGAGAACCGAGCGUGUCAGACUCCCCGACGGAUCCACCCAGAAAAAGACCGUCUGGACCAAAAAGUACGCCGAUGGCCGUGAAGAGAGCAAUGAGACCGUGGAGGUCUUGAAUCCACCCCAGACACAGGACUCUCCUAACCAAGAAAAAUCCGCAUCUGACCAGAAGCACACCGGCUGGUUCUGGAGAGAUUAAACAGCAUAGGGUUGGGAUUAUGUUCCCUCCCAUCUCCUUGCUCCCAUUUCCCUCUUUACUUCGUUUCCUAUACCUUGAUUCCCUAUCAUCAUACUCAAAAUUAGCGUUGAUUCUAUAACCCCUGGCGUUGCUCCAAAAAGGUCUACUCGUUCCCUACGAUUUCCAUAUUAUUGUCUAUAUUUAUUGACUAUUCGAUACCAUCGACAUUGACAAAUUGUUUUGAUUAAAAAGCAUACAUUGUGAUCUUCAGUCUGUCAUUGUACCAAAGAGGAUAAAUCCUCGAUCUCAACAUUCGGUGUUGGUUAUGCAUCCAUAGCAAAAUGCUACAUGCGUAUUCAUCAUUCCACAUACAUCUGACGUAUAUACCUUGUAUCGUGAUACACGUUAACAUCUAUCAUCGCUAGCCGCCCCUCUACUACACAUCUUCUUCCGAGAAAUACUCCUAGUCAAUAUCCACUGAUUCCUCUAAUC